AGCCCCAAGUUAUUUUCAUACAGAGGAACAAACAGAGAAAUGGGUUCCUCAAGAUUGCUAAUUUUCUUCGUUCUUCCUAUACUCUUGGUCUUGGCCCCUCUUGCUCCUACCAUAGUGGGCCACCAUACCUCCGGCGCUUGCACGGACAAUGCAGACUACUGCUGGAGCUGCGUCGACAAUGGCGGCAUGCAGCCUACUAACAACGCCUCCAACAAUGGCGGCAUCUACAGACAAAACCUCAACACCCUCCUCUCCUCUUUAACUUCCGACCCCAAAAUCAAUCCCAGAUUUUACAGUUCUUCUCUGGGACAAGCCCCGGACAAAGUGAACGCAAUUGCCGUAUGCAGAGGGGACGUUGCACCCGAAGAUUGCCGCACCUGUUUCAAGGACUCUGUUCCCAUUUUCCUGCAGAAAUGUGCUGAUCAGAAGAAAGGAAUCAUAUGGGCACAGAGCUGUACGGUUCGAUACUCGAACAUCUCGAUUUUUGGUGUUCUUGAAUAUGUUCCUCUUAAGAAUGUGCCGAGCCCGCAUAACGUAUCAAACCCUGAACAGUACAAGCAGGCGCGCGACCCCAUAUUUGAAAAUUUAAGUGAGAAAGCUGCAGCAGGGGACUCUGAUUUAAAAUUUGCAGCAGGGAAUGUGUCGGUGCCUGUAACAAAUGAAACUAUAUAUGCAACUGUCCAGUGCAGCCCUGAUUUGGACAAACAAAACUGCAGCGAUUGCCUUAAAGAGUCCAUCUCAGAAAUUCCAGUGUGUUGUGAUCGUGUGGGUGGAGGAAGAGUUCUUAGACCCAGCUGUUAUUUGAGGUUUGAGUCCAGUCCUUUCUGAGUCUGGAGCAGAUACCCUUAUAAACCUUCCAAGGAAAUAAUAUGUGUGGAAAUAAUACGAGUAACAUUAAUAUUAUCAGCAUUUGCGUUCUUGUGAGAGUCUGGAAGCGAAGAAGGGCAACACAGUUUAUUCAAUUUUGUUUUAUUACAAUUUGGAAUUUAACAAGGGCCCUCUUCGUUUGUUAGUGCUUCAAUUUGUCAAGACCCAUGUAAUAGGGAUUACUCCCUUUUUUCUAAUAAUAAAAAUAAGGAUUAUUCUAUGGUUUUUA